AAACCACAUGCAGACGCACGGUCCACGUCGCCAUUGACUGCAUGAAACACCAACUAUCUGUCCGCUCCCGACAAGCGAGCUGGUGCUUUGCGUCACAUCAGCUGGGUGGCUUAAAGGAUUGUAUCAUGAUGAGGAAUAUGCGGCAAUGGCAUCUCUGGCAUUUAGACCAUGGCCUCGCAACCCUCCACAAGGCGGCUCGCUGAAGGAGGUGCUUGGGCGUGUUAGUGUCGAGCGCGGCCAUUUCCGCAACAUUACCGAAGCUUCACUGCAGGAAGAGGUAGCAGCAGAAGGUGCGCUUGAGCUGAGUGAGAGCGAGGAUGACGAGGCAGUAGAAGGGCAGCGCGAUGCGGCUCCGUCCAUCGCGAAGCCGGCUACGCGCGAGGACUUGUACAAGGCGAAGUAUGACAUGCUGCAGCAUCUGGACGCUGCACACAACGAUGUCAUGCUGGCACUGGACUUUGUGUCUCUACUGUUGUCGAAAGACAACAAGCAAGCUGCUUCCACAAUUUCGCCGGCAUUAAAGAAUGAGAUCCCAGUCGGCACGCUAGGUAUCGAUCUCUGGCAGAAUAUGCCCAAAGACAGGGCACGAGAGACACAAGAUGAACUCCUGUCUACCAAGGUUCGUAUGGAAAGUUUACAGAACAGCGCUAACAGCUUGCUCGCGGCUGCCAACAGACUGGAGGACAACGUCCGCAAGGAAACGCAGUACUGGUCGGAAGUGCUGUCCAUCGCUGACAAGGGCUGGAACGUCUGCCGUCUACCUGGACAACAGCGGCGUCUCGGCGUGACAUUCGGCUUCAGCGAAAGUGCACCGGACUUCUCCAGGCGAGGCGUGGCCGGGCUUAAUCCUGGCCCAGAUGGAGGCGUCGCCCUCGAUCGUGGCAUCGGCGUCAAGCCGAAGGCUUUACGGGUGCAAUUGAGGCGCGGCGGAGCUGUAGUGGGUACCUCCCCGAUCCCUACCCUUGCCGAGGGCGGAGAGACCGCACUGGAAGCCCGCAUACGAUACGCUCGUGAUGGCCUUUUCGACGAGGAAUUGUACCACGAGAUCGUCCGGGAAAGCCGUUCCUUGGCUUCACUGGGAGUGAAUGUAGAGGGCCAAGCGGUCAGCUUCAAAUCUCAGCCGACCGCCGAGGGCCUGGUAGAAUGCCGUUUCGAGCUCAUUUCGCUGGACGAGGCGGACACUCCGCCAUCACCGGAUGAACGGCAGACAUAUUUGGCUCAUGCAAUAUCUAUCGCUGCGCGACUCUUGCUAUCUCAAGCGCACCGUGACCGGUUGCAGAAACGACAAGAAAUACCGCUUCCUCUCUCUGGGAACAAAGAAGAGCGCGCGGUUCUACGUAUACUACGGCCCCUCAUGGCAUUCAUGUUACACGACACAGCCAUCGGCCAGGUCAACAGUCUUGUAACAUGCGCCCAGAGUCUGCUCACCGGAGCGAAGGUUGCACACGAAGUUGAGCGCGCAAGCUUCCAACCACCAACCUUGGAAGAUGCUGUUACUUCAGAAGCUUUGAUGGCUGCACUCAUGAAGCCAUGGCUAUCACAGAUCACUCUCAGUUUGAGGGAUUCUGAACAAGUAGUGCUCAAGCUGGAGACUACACUCGCUAGUAGGUUUGGAACACUGUACUCUCUCGACGGACCGUUCCACAAGCAAGCGUAUCGCUUCGACAGCUUUUUAGAGGCCCGGCAAGCCUUCGAUGAGGUGCUGGCAUCUGUGCUUGCGGACUUGCUGUAUCCGGCCCUAGGAGAAGGCUGGAAGUGCAAUAUUCGAGAAGCGUUACUUACAAAGAGCACAAGUGCCGAAGGUGCAGAAGCCGCGAUUUGGAUCACCGUCAACAGUGAAACUGGAUCUUUGGCUCUCAGCUCCCCAACCAAGAAGAUAAAUUGGGCUUCAGGAGACUCUUCAAAUCCAAAUCAGUCAUUGCUGGAAGCAUGCAAAGAACUGGUCGGGUAGAGGGAGAGGGUGGUGAUGAUUUUGCUAAAGAGUCCGAAGUUAUGACGGGGAUCGCGGCGAAGACCACAGCGGCCGGGCUCCUAAGUCUCACAACCGGCAUGAGCCUAUACCAGUAACACAGAUAGCUCACUCUCAUUCAAUUGUGGACCAAGUCCGGUAUCCUUGUUGUCCUAGCCAGUGUGUGCACGCCGGACCAUGCUUGUGUGUCUGCGGCAUAUACUGUUCGUUUGACGUGAUCUGGAAAGGACGCAAGGCUUCACAACCAUCUAGAAACUUUCCCCAUCUGCACAAUCACAACUCUUUCGUCCCGAGUGGCCGAGGGACAAUGUUCCGGUGGUCUGAGCUUACCGCAGGGCGGUGUCGGU